CGUGAACCGUAAAGCCCAAUGAAGCUCUGAUGGAGAGAAUUGGAGAAAGAUUUGAAUGAGAUAAAAGUAAAAAAAAAAAAGAAAUUAGUCCGCGGCCAACAACUAACAAAAAUGGCGCACAGGAUGACGAAUCGCAGUGGAUAAACAAAAAAGCCAUGCCACCACUCCUCCAGCUUCACCAUCUCCAGCUCCAACCCUGUAACUCUUUCCCACUCCCGCCGUUAGAAUGUUUUCUCCAGAGAUUCCCUCUCUCGACCCAUGUCAAGAAGAGAUUCCAAUCACCACCGCCUUCCUUCCACUUCUUCUCUCUCUCCAAACACCCCCACAUCCGCUUCUGCUCUCAAGACGAUUUCUUCGACCAAAUUUCGGGUACCCAGUUGCCCGAAUCGCCUCAACCCGACGGAUUCGAAGCCAACGAGGAGCUCGAAUUGCACGAUAAGCCGUCCCCUGUCACUACCACCACCGUCGACAACAAUGGGGCGCCAUUGGAGGAAGUGGAUGAUGAAGAGGUAAGGAAAAGGGAUGAAGCCCUAGCUCCAUUUUUGAAGUUCUUCAAACCCAGGGAUGCUUCUGGGGAAGUGAUUGGAGAUGGGAUUAGUGAUUUAGGCGAUGGUGCGGAGAAGAAGGAAGGGGAGAUUGAUGAUAAGAAGAAGUUGGUGAAUGUGGAGUAUUAUGAGCCCAAGGCAGGAGAAUUUGUGGUGGGAGUUGUGGUUUCAGGCAACGAGAAUAAGUUGGAUGUGAGUAUUGGGGCGGAUUUGUUGGGCACGAUGCUGACUAAAGAAGUGAUGCCUUUGUGUGGGAAGGAGAUGGAUGGUUUGUUGUGUGAUUUGGAAGACGAGGAGGAUUGUGGGGAGUUUCUGAGGAAAGGGAAGAUUGGGAUUGUUAAAGAUGAGAUUGCUUUGAGUGGUGGGACAGGGAUAGGGAGGCCUGUUGUGGAGACUGGGACUGUUCUGUUUGCUGAGGUUCUUGGGAGGACAUUGAGUGGCCGGCCAUUGCUUUCGACUCGACGGCUGUUCAGAAGGAUUGCUUGGCACCGAGUGAGGCAGAUAAAGGAACUCAAUAUGCCAAUUGAGAGUAAGAUUACUGAGUGGAAUACUGGUGGACUUCUUACAAGAAUUGAGGGACUACGAGCUUUCCUUCCAAAGAUCGAGCUAGUGAGAAGGGUGAACAACUUCAAGGAGUUAAAAGAAAAUGUGGGUCGUCGAAUGAACGUAUUGAUAACUCGGAUAAAUGAGAGUAAUAACGACUUAAUACUGAGUGAAAAAGAAGCUUGGGAAAUGUUGAACCUUCAGGAGGGAACACUUAUUGAAGGAACAAUUAAGACCAUUUUCCCUUAUGGAGCUCAAGUGAGAAUAGGGGAAAGUAACAGAAGUGGGCUCUUGCAUAUCUCAAAGAUCAGCGGAGCACGGGUUACUGCUGUCGAGGAUGUACUCAAAAUCGACGAGAAGGUCAAAGUCUUGGUGGCAAAAUCAAUGCUUCCUGGCAAAAUAUCUCUCAGUACUGCUGACCUGGAAAGUGAGCCUGGACUAUUCCUAUCCGAUAGAGAGAGAGUAUUUGCUGAGGCAGAAGACAUGGCUAGAAAGUAUAGGCAAAAGCUACCUGCUUCUCCGAAAUCCCAGAAAUCAGCAACACCUCCAACCAACUCUAGCUCAUUUGACGACGAACCGAUUCUGUAUGCAAAUUGGAAGUGGUUGAAGUUUGAAAGGGACGACGAAGGAGAAUGAUCUUCAAAGGCCAUGCUCCUUUGCCCCAAAAAACCUCAAACUGAUGGAAUCCUGCUACCAGGCCAUUGUUUUCCUCCACGCAGAAAGCAGGUGACUUUGUGUGCAUCAAUGAUACGUAUGUGCGUUUCAGAUUCAUGAUCCACUUAAAGAGUCUACUACAGCUUACAAUGAUCACUCCCUCAACUAAUCAUCUGAUCUGUUGUUGUACUUGUACACUAGCUUGCUUGUAUCACACACAUGGCAUUCUUUUUUCCGGCAACUGCUGAUUUUGUAUUAUUUUUUCAGCAGCAAUACAAAGCUGUGUUUUCUUUUGCUCAGAUGAUUCCAUGGAUGUGCAUUUGCAUCUCGGAUCCCAUUACUCACUGAUGCUGAAUAAGACAGCAUGCCAAUUUUCAAAGGCAGUUGCCAGAGAGUUACUUAGCAAGGCUGCUACAGCCUAAUAGCUGCUGUGGUAGCUAAUUAGCUGCUAUUUCCAAGCUGUGAUUAUUCAAGGAACUC